AUGCCAUUCUUCUUUGAAUCCGAUUACAUUGGCGAAGUUGGUCUCAGCAACUUGAAGCUGUAUCGAUAUGCAUCGGUCGAUAAGUCUCCAAUAUCAAAGUAUAUUUUAAAGCCCUACUUGGACCGGGUCAUUGAACUAUUCCCACUAUGGAUGGCCUUUGCGCUCGGAUUAUGGCUAUACUCAACGUUUGACAACAUAGAUGGACGACAAGCGCGACGAACUGGAACAUCAUCGCCACUCGGUGAACUCUUUGAUCAUGGAUGUGAUGCACUGAACUGUAGCUUGGGUGCAAUCGUGCAAUCGGCUGCCAUGGGACUGGGUCAUUCAUGGUAUUCUACGUUCUUAUUAGUUUUGACUACCGCUCCCUUUUACAUAUCUACCUGGGAAGAAUAUCAGACGGGCGUUCUCUAUCUUGGAUAUAUCAACGGGCCAACUGAGGGUUUGAUCACUGCAUGUAUUGUUAUGAUAAUAUCCGGCAUCUUAGGCCCUGGAUUCUGGAAAACAGAUUUACAGGAAUUUUUCGGUUCAAAGGCUCCAGAGUUCGUACAAGGCUAUACCUUGACGGAUUUAAUGUUUGCUUCCAUCACUAUCAUUGUCUUGACCUGCCUUUUGCCAGCCAGCUUUUAUAACGUGUAUCAAGCAUGCCGACGUCAGGGACGCUCGUUUUUAGCCACUCUACCUCAACAUUUAUCAUUUGCGGUCUAUGUCGUUAGCGGGUAUCUAUGGCUAUCAUCGCCAUAUUCGCGUAUAUUAGAGGAUCAUCACUUUAUCCUCUUUGCAUUAACAACUGGUAUUGUGUUCGGACGCAUGGCCACAAAGAUUAUAUUAGCACAUGUGACAAAGACGCCGUUUCCUAUGUUCACUGUGCAAUUGAUCCCGUUGUUAGCUGGCGCAAUAUUAGCCAACGUUCCUAUCGUCUUCCAUAUGUAA